AUGUGGGCUGGAAUUAGUGCAUCUUUCAGAACGUUUUACCUCGCUAGAAAGGCGGGAUUCAAAGCUCUUAAACCUAUACAACAAGAGAUAUUCAAGUUUCUAGCGGGGGAACGACCAAGUAAACCACUUUACAAAAGAGAUUUCAUAGCUUCCAGAAUAUAUGCAAAUCAAUUACUAGUAGAAGCAGGGUUUAGACCAUUCUAUCCAACACAUAAUAGCAUAUCAACUAGUGAUAAAAUUUCAGCUGAGUAUUCCGCGGAUCCUGCCCAUAUUACUGAUGGUUUAAAUACAAAUAAUAUUAUUGACAAUGCCACCAAUGAAAAAGCAGUUAAAAAUUUGGGCAUUAUUGGCAUUCCAGGCACUGGUAAAACAGUAGGAGUUCUCAUAGCAUUAUCUGAGAUUAUCAAUGGAGAAAGGACUAAUAAUGAAAUCGAUGUCAAAAGUAGCAGACCUAAAAUCUAUGUCGGUGGUGACAAACGGCAGGAAUCUAGGUUUAAGCGAUUCAUGAUAUCCAGGGCAACUCGUGUUAGUAGAAAUAAUACACUUCUAUUACCUCAUACAAUUAUCUUGUGUCCUAGCAGGGAAACAUGUUUAUCCAUCUAUAACCAAGCGCAAAAUUUCGAAUUACAAUCUCUCAUCAUAGCAGGCGGAUAUGGGUAUAAAAGAAGAUCUUCUUCAGUUGGCUUAAUUAGUAACAUUAGGGGUAGGAUGAGUAAAGGAUUUGUGUUUCUUGGCGAAAAUGCCGAUGUAAUAAUAGGAACUCCUGAGAUGAUUGUACGGUUAUUGUUUGAUAAAAUGCAAAGUUAUGAAGUUGAUCUUGCUGCAUUGAGGUGUUUAGUAUUGUUUGAGGCACACAUUUUAUUGGAUGGCAAAGAUCUUUUGAAGAUUAAUCAAAUCUUUGAGAUGUUCAGAAAUUAUUUCACACAAAUGCCAAGAAUAUACAUAACUAGUGUGACCAAAACAUCAGCAAUUGUAGAUUUUUCACAGAAAAAUUUGCAACCAAUCCACUGGAUAAUUGAUCAAUCUAAGAUUGGCCAUAAACAAUCAUUUAUUUCAUUAUCAGGACAAGAUAGAUUGUCAAGAUUACUGCAGCAGAAUUUUAUUGGAAAAUUGAUCGUAUUCUGUAAUACUGUAAAGUCAUGUCAGUUCGUGUACAACGUUUUAUCUGAAAAGGGUAUUAAAACAUAUUUAUUACAUGGCGAAAAGAGCUAUCGCGAGCGUACCAAAGGAUUGUACAGUUUCACACAAAUUAAAAAUGGAGUAUUAGUGACUACAGAUGUAUUUGCAAGGGGGUAUAAAUUGGGGAAAAUUGAUGGAUUUAUCUCAUUUGAUUUUCCCAGUAAUAUCGCAAAUUAUUUAUCGCGUUUGAGCGUCUUGUGUAGGAGUGGAGGAUGGGCUAGUACAUUUUUCGCAAAAAAGCACACAGGCCUAAUCAGGCAAAUUGCGGAGAUUAGUGAUAAAGAUUUAAUGGAGUUUCAAAAUUCCGGGCCCAUAUAUCCAGUGGCAGCCAGUAAACCCAAGUACACCGCUACGAUCAAAACAGUGAAUAGGCAUGUAACUUCUCCAUCGAAAAAAUUAAGACUCAAGAAGAUGUAUUAUAAGAAUAAGAUAAUGAAAAAUGUCCUGUUUUUGAGGAGUAGGAAGCUACUAGGGAAGAAACAAUUGAUGCCAAGAAUGCCGGAUCAGAUAAUUGAAAAUUUUGAUAGCCAAGAGAUUAUAAGUAUGCAAAGAUCCAAGGAUGGGUUUGUUCAAAUAUUUCCAAAGAGAAGAUCAAAUAUGUAUAUUAGGAGGCGCCAAACUAUAUUGUAA